CAGAGACGGAGAUACACCAAUUGCCCUAUUUCUUUGGCAAUUUCCUUUUCUCACUGUUUAUAUAGAAUUUUUUUUUUCUAUACAAUCUUUCUCUGAGUGAGUAGAGAACUGAUGAAUACUUGAAAACUUUUUCAGAAUUGUUUUAUAUUUGAUUAAGCUAGUCAUGAAUAAGAAUAGCAAGCAAAGAUUACAUAGAAUAUGAUCUUGUCUGAAUAUAGUAGGUGACAGUUCGCAUACGUGUUCUUUUGUUUACGUUUGAUUAAGGGAGAGUUCAUAGUUGGUAAAUUUUUGGGAUUGUGAUAGGCACAAAUUGUAAUAUGAUAAAUAUUUUCUAUUAAAGGAAGAUUAAGCAUAUCGUGUAAAAUGGGUUUGAAAACUAGCUAGUAGAUUCAAGAGCAAGUAAAAUCUGUCAAAGUACCAAAAGGGUGAUAGAGCUUUGAGAUUAUUUUAUGAUAUUUUUGGAAGCUCUGCGUUUCUGUUUUAAAGGGUAAGAUCUCACAGGCAAGAAAAUUGUCAAGGCGUCAAUGGAAGGAGGAGGAGGAGAAAGCCAAACAAAGUUUAACAAGUAUGCAGCAGCUUGUGCUAUUGUUGCUUCGAUGAUAUCUAUCAUAUUUGGUUAUGAUACUGGUGUAAUGAGUGGAGCAAUGAUAUUCAUUAAAGACGAAAUGAAAAUUCGUGAUACGCAAGUGGAAGUCCUUGCCGGAAUCUUGAAUUUAUGUGCCUUAGCAGGUUCACUACUGGCCGGAAGAACUUCUGAUUACAUUGGCCGGCGAUACACGAUUGUUGUAGCCUGCGUUAUUUUCAUGCUCGGUUCAAUUCUAAUGGGAUAUGGUCCAAAUUAUGGAAUCCUGAUGACUGGAAGAUGUGUAGCAGGCAUUGGUGUAGGCUUCGCUCUUAUGAUUGCUCCCGUUUACUCUGCAGAAGUUUCAUCACCAUCGUCAAGAGGUUUCUUGACCUCCCUGCCUGAACUUGGUAUAAGUAUUGGAAUUUUACUUGGCUAUAUUUCAAACCUUAUCUUUGGGAAAUUGUCUCUGAAACUUGGAUGGAGGUUGAUGCUUGGAAUUGCAGCUAUACCUUCACUUAUCUUAGGCUUUGGCAUAGUACAAAUGCCAGAGUCUCCACGGUGGUUAGUGAUGCAAGGACGUUUGAAGGAAGCCAAGAAAGUCUUGCAACUAGUAUCCAACUCUACAGAAGAGGCAGAAGCUCGUUUCCAUGACAUAAAAGUUGCAGCAGGAAUAGAUGAGAAUUGCAAUGAAGAAUUUGUCAAGCUUCCAAAGAAUACUAAUGGAGAAGGUGUCUGGAAAGAGCUGUUAUUGAGGCCAACACCAGCAGUCCGAUGGAUACUAAUAGCUGCGAUAGGAAUCCAUUUCUUCGAGCAUGCAGUUGGAAUCGAAGCAGUUGUUCUAUACAGCCCAAGAAUCUUCAAAAAAGCUGGUGUCACAGGCAAGCAAAAGCUCUUGCUUGCAACAGUUGGGGUAGGGCUCACAAAGUUUACGUUCAUAUUAAUUUCCACAUUUUUAAUUGACAGAGUUGGAAGGAGACGCCUAUUGCUCACAAGCACAGCAGGAAUCGUAGCUUCCUUAACUGUAUUAGGAUCUUGCUUGACCAUAGUGGAGUACCACAAUGGACAAAACUUAUUAUGGGCUCUAUGCCUAAGCAUAAUUUCUACAUAUGUAUUUGUGGCUUUCUUCAAUAUUGGGCUAGCACCAGUGACAUGGGUUUACAGUUCAGAGAUAUUCCCUUUGAAGUUGAGAGCACAAGGGUACGCUAUUGGUGUGGCAGUUAACAGGCUCAUGAAUGCUACAAUCUCAAUGAGUUUCAUUUCACUGUAUAAAGCAAUUACAAUAGGUGGAGCCUUCUUCUUGUUUGCUGGUAUAUCUGUGACUGCCUGGUUUUUCUUCUAUUUUCUUUUCCCAGAGACUAAGGGAAGGUCCUUGGAAGAGAUGGAGUUGCUGUUUACCAAGGGAAUUAAGGCUACAAAUGAGACUCUGCAACAUCAGCCCACAGCCAGAAGUGAUAACGUGUAGUGUGCGUACCAAAAAAAUUUACAGAGCGAGUCUAUAUAGAUUUAUACUACGAAUUGAAUCUAUAUAGACUCGAUCUAAAUAAAAAUUACUCUGUAUGCAUGUAUAUUUUGCAAGAAAAACAUCUAAUGGAUUUGAAUGCCUUGGCUUU